CUGUUUUUAAGAUACAAUCCUAUUUCUUGUUUGUGUUUAACAGUACUUACAGUGGCAAGGUGUUCCGCGUGACCUUCUUGACUUUGGCUGUGUCCCUAAUUAUUCCCCUGCUUGGAGCCAUUGUUCUACUGGAUUGUCCUAUAGACCCACAGCCCAUAAGCUUGAAAGAGCCUCCCCUUCUGACGGGUGUUCUGGAGCCAAAUAUCAAGUUACGAAAAGCUGAGCGAUUAUGGGAAGGUCAACUUGUUGGACCAGAAUCCAUUGUUAAUAUUGAUGAUGUCCUCUAUACUGGGACAGCUGAUGGAAAGAUUCUAAAAAUUGAAGAUGGGGAAUUACAGACAAUAGCUAGAAUUGGCCAUGGUCCUUGUGGCAGGCCAGAAGAUGAGCCAACUUGUGGAAGGCCACUUGGCAUCAGAGUUGGACCAAAUAAUACCCUUUUUGUGGCAGAUGCUUAUCAUGGACUCUAUGAAAUUAAUCCUGACACAGGUGAAACAAAAAUGCUUGUGUCAACCAAAACACUAAUUGAAGGUCAGAAGCUGUCUUUUCUGAAUGACCUUACAGUCACUCAGGAUGGGAGGAAAAUCUACUUUACUGAUUCCAGCAGCAAAUGGCAAAGGCGGGACUACAUGUUCUUGGUUAUGGAAGGCACAGAUGAUGGGCGCCUGCUCGAAUAUGACACAGUGACAAAAGAAGUGAAAGUCUUAAUGACAGGAUUGCAGUUCCCUAAUGGAGUCCAGCUCUCUCAAGCAGAAGACUUUGUCCUGGUGCAGGAAACAACCAUGGCUAGAAUCAGGAGGUAUUAUGUGUCUGGUCUGAUGAAAGGUGGAGCAGAUAUUUUUGUUGAGAAUAUGCCUGGUUUUCCAGAUAAUAUCAGGUUAAGCAGUUCUGGAGGAUAUUGGGUGGCUAUGUCAACUAUCCGGCCCAAUCCUGGAUUUUCUAUGCUGGAUUUCUUGUCUGAAAAACCAUGGAUUAAAAGAAUUAUAUUUAAGCUGCUGAGUCAGGAAACUCUGAUGAAGUUUGUGCCCAGAUAUAGCCUUGUUGUUGAACUUAGUGAGACAGGAUCCUACAGAAGAAGCUUUCAUGAUCCCAAUGGAGUGACGGUACCUUACAUUAGUGAGGCACACGAACACAAUGGAUAUCUCUAUCUGGGCUCCUUCCGGUCUCCAUUUAUUGGUAGACUUAAUCUUCAGCAUGUUUAAUUGUCCACCUAUGAUGAAGUGCCACCGUCCUUUAAUACUGCAGAGGUAUGAAGGAAGCAUGUGCUUGAGACAAUGUGUGACCAAGGAUGAAAAAAAGAAGACGUUAGUCAAUAUAUGCAGUAGCACUGGUCUAUUGCCAUGGAAAAA